UUAUACACAUUAUCGUAAUUGAUGCAUCCUGUCAGCUUGAUACUUGCCAAAGAGGAGCGACGUUCAUUGCUCUCGUACCUUCGAACGCAUUACGUGCCGCACGGCAACCCACUCCGCACCUGGAAGUGGCUGAUUCACUGUUAACCUCUGCUCCGUUAGAACAGGGAUUGAGCGCCGCCGAUAUCCACGAUGCGCAGAAGAUGGACACAAAUGAACUUGGCGUCACCCUCCGGCGUGGGGUUCUUCCAUGUAUUACGUGUGUCUCUGCCGCAUGAGUGUUCAUAGUGAAUGUUUGCCCCUCUCCUUCAAGUAUCGAAUGCACUGUUGACUCUCCUGUUUCCACCGACAUUCACGCAUGGCGUCUCAGCGAAGCUCACAACACAGGCGCCACCAAUACGUCCGGGAUGGAGACGGCUUCAUCGAGUCUCGUCAGGAAGCGGAGUUCCGUCUGGACGACAGGUACACCCGACUCAGCAACCUGAAAGCCAGCGGCGAUGCAUGCUGUGCCGUCCUCAAGUCGGAAACCACGGGCAAGCUGGUCGUCGUGAAGCGCGUCCGUCUUUCAGCAGUCCAGCGAGCGAACACCGACAAGACGGACACAACAUCGCCUUGCCCAGUCGAGGCUGAACUGUUACUGCUCAAGCUCCAACCUCAUCCAAACAUUGUCCGUGUGUAUGCAUGUGAGGACCAUCCCAGCCGACCCAACAAACCUCUCGUGUACAUGGAGUACUGUAGCGGGAGAGAUCUGCUCGACCAGAUCCUUAAAUUUCAGGCUCUCGGUGUGGAGAUUCCAGUGAUAUUCAGUCUACACGUGCUCGUAGGAAUGGGCCAUGCGCUGGCAUACCUCCAUCACGGCCUGCGCAUCAACGAAACGAUGGACGAGGUGCGCAUGGAGGAGAACGAGCCGAUCAUUCAUGGCGACAUCAAGCCUGAGAACAUCUUCCUGCGUUUUCCGGGAAGGCAAGAAUGUGGAAUGCCGGAUGUCGUGCUCGGAGACUUUGGGUGUGCUCAGUUGGCAGAGGAGAGCUACGGUGUUACAGGUACAGAGUCCUACGAAUCGCCCGAGGUCCUUGCUGUCAACCAGUUGAAGGACGAAGAUCCACAGGCCUAUCUCCGCGCGAUCAGCGGCAAGAUCAUGACCAUCAAGUCUGAUAUUUACCAGCUGGGACUGGUGCUCAAGCUCAUGGCCUCCCAGGUACUUUUCUCGAGCGGCGCCGAUCCGUUGAAGAUGGAGCUGCCGUCGAAAUACGACGAUGAGAACGGCUUUCGCGCCGCGCUCGUGUGGCUAUUGCAGCUCAAUCCCCAAGACCGACCAGAGUGUACACUUGCUGCGAAGACUGGCUUCAUGCAUGUGGUGGAUGAUAUGAGGAAGGCGCGGGAUACGUUGUUCGCCGACCUCGGCCCUGUGGAAAGUGCGUACUGGCGGGGGGCGAGCACCACCAGCGCACGUUGACAGUAAAACCAGGGGUCAGACACUUCGAGUCUCGUGAAAUAUAUCUCAUUAUAUUGAAGGAAACGUGCAAACAUGAAGUCCAGUCCUUCGUGCCUUCCUGACUAAUUAGUUGGAGCUGAUGACCUACAUAGUAUC